AUGUCGUUCACGAAAGGCUCCAAGGCGGCUCAGGAUGUCAUCAGCUUUCUGCACACAAUAGGGCGGCUUAAGGACACGCCUCGGCGGGGCUGGGUGGAGCACCAGAUUUGCAGGCCGGAGUCGAUUAGUGACCACAUGUACCGCAUGUCGCUCAUGUGCAUGAUGUGCCCUGACACCUCACUGAAUCGGGACAGGAUGAUCAAGAUGGCGCUCUGUCACGAUACAGGUGAGAGCAUUAUUGGCGACAUCUCUCCCGCUAUGAAGGUCCCUAAGGAGGUGAAGAAGCAACGGGAGACACAGGCGGUGCAGAGCUUGUGCAAACUUGUGUCAUCCUCGCCAAACACGACCUUUAGCGAGGAGCUUCGCGACUUGUUUGAAGAGUACGAGGCGCAGGAGACUGCCGAGUCGCGCUUUGUAAAGGACAUGGACCUGUUGGAGAUGAUUGUGCAGGCGCACAGCUACGAGUCCAUGAACCCUGGCAAGGACCUAAACAGCUUCUUCAGGUCUGGUGCCGGCAUUCGCCACCCGUGGGCUCGCGCCAUUUUCGAGACGCUUCUCGAAACGCGUCCGUACUUGGCAUACCAGAAAGGGGAGCAAGCGAAGAAAGUGUCAAACAUGUGA